GAACCAUGAAGACAUUAGCGUCCCUGAUCAAGGUAUUGACAAGGCCAGAGGUGGCACACCGUCACUGGCCAGUUCUCUACAGGACAUGAAGCCUGAAGAUAUUGGUGAACCAGAUCUGUGUAUUACUGAAGGCAGAAGCACUCCACAACUAAGCUCUUCCCUUGGAGUGGAUGGUGAUGAUGGGAUGGAACAGCACGCGUGUCAUGUAUGCAGUAAGUCGUUUAGCACCGAGGAAGACAUGAAAGAGCAUUUUGCAGUUCACCCAGAUGAAAAUCCAUACUAUUGCUUUGUGUGUGGCUGUUCAUUUAAGUACAAAUCAAGCCUUACAAAUCAUACAGCAUUACAUUCCCAAGACUCAGUGUCAUGUACGGAAUGCGGAAAAUUAUUCCAUUCUAAGUCAAAUCUCAUCCAACACCUUGCCUCCCACUCUGAAGCCAGGCCACACCUGUGUUCUCUCUGCGGUAAAUCAUUCAAAUAUAAAUCAAAUCUCAUACAACACACAGCUUUACAUGCUAGAGACUUGCCAGUACAGUGCAAUGUCUGUGACAAGCAGUUUGAUUCCAAGACUGAUCUCAUGAUUCACAUAAUUUCUCACUUAGAAGAAAUGCCACACCAAUGUCCGGAGUGUGGCAAAUGCUUCAAUGAUGAAUCUCAGCUCUCUGAGCAUCAGGCUUUUCAUGCAGACACAAAACAACACUGCUGCUCUGUGUGCGGUAAGUCUUUCAAAACAAAGUAUAACCUGACUGUCCACCAAGCCCUGCACACAAAGGAUAGGUCACAUCUUUGUACCGUGUGUGGCAAGGCUUUCAAGUACAAAUCUAACCUCUUGGAGCACAGUGCUUUACAUGCAAAAGACAAACAUUUCCUUUGUACCAAGUGUGGAAAAGCAUUUGGUGGCAAAUCCAAAUACACUAGCCAUCUCGCCACGCAUUCGGAAGACAGGCCCUAUCAGUGCUCGAUAUGUGGCAAGUGUUUCAAGCAUAAAUCAAACCUCUGUAAUCAUAAAGUAUUGCAUGUGGAGAAUGGGCCCCAUCUGUGUAAUGUAUGUGGUAAAUCUUUUAGCUGUAAGUCAAAAUUCACUAGCCACGUUGCUUCCCAUUCUGAAGAGAGGCCGCAUCAGUGCCCUGUGUGUGGGAAAAGUUUCAAAUACAAGUCCAAUCUUUGUAACCAUAAAGCACUGCAUGUGGAAAAUGGCCCCCACUCAUGUACCGUAUGCAGUAAAUCCUUUGGCACGAAAUCAAAUCUUGUCAAACACAUUGCGAUACAUUCUGAGGAGAGACCAUUUCAGUGCUCCGUAUGUGGUAAAGGUUUUAAAUAUAUGUCUAAUCUUUGUAAUCACAAAUCUUUACAUGUAGAGAAUGGUCCCCAUCUAUGCACAGUAUGUGGUAAAUCUUUCAGUUGCAAAUCAAAUCUAAUGAAACAUGUGGCAGUGCAUUCGGAAGCAAGGCCAUACCAGUGUCCAGUGUGCGGUAAGGGAUUCAAAUACAUGUCUAAUCUAUGUAAUCACAAAACAUUACACACACAGAAAAGCCCAUAUCUGUGUGCAGUAUGUGGGAAAUCAUUUAGUAGUAAAUCCAAUCUGAUGACUCACUCUGCCUCUCAUUCAGAUGAUAGGUGCCAUCAGUGUUCAAUAUGUGGAAAGUCAUUCAAAUUUAAAUCCAGUCUUACAUCACACCAAGCUUUGCAUUCACAAGAGAAGCCCCACCAUUGCAGCGUGUGUGGUAAAGCUUUCAAAUGCAGAAGCACUUUCAUUAACCAUAUGAGAAUGCAUACUGGAGACCGGCCACACCAAUGCCCUGUCUGUGGCAAGCAGUUUACAACAUUGGGUAAUCUUAUAGUGCACAGGAGAACACACAGUGGAGAGAAACCAUACAGAUGUGAGACAUGCUUGAAAGCAUUUAGCGACAAAGGUAACCUCACGGCACAUCAGGCUGUUCACUCGGGGGAGAAACCACACAUCUGUCCUACAUGUUCCCAGUCUUUUAAAUAUCCUAGCAGUUUGAAACGGCAUAUUAGGAAACGUCAUGCAGGUGAAGGACUGCCUCUUCCCAAAGUGAACUUGUAUUAAAAUGUAAGCAUAAUAAUUUGUGUAAAUCAUGCUGUUUGUAAUCAGUCACAUGAUUUGGGAUAAAGAACUGAAUUUAAAUACUCUUAUAAGACAGCAUUUAAUUUACAGUUAAUAGUAAGUACAAACAGAGAGCAGGAAAUGUGAUCUGACUAAACAUAUUUUAUUAUUAGUGAUGUAAUACAUAAAAACUCAUGUGGAAUGAAAAAAAUAGCUAAAUGCAGUCUUAAGGUGAUAGUGUCUGUUGACAAUAAAUCAAAAGGCAUAUUCUAAUUCCUUUUUUAAACACCAAAACCAUAAUAUCUCCUGAAGAGUCACCCUCUCCAUCUGUCUAUAUCUUCCCAUUCUUUUCUCUCUUCCCCGUCCUCGACAUAUUUCAUAACUAGGACAUUUUCCUUUUAUUUUCAUGUUCAGCCUAAUUAUAGAACUGUAUAGAAUAAACAUUAAAUCUAAUACUCAUUAGUGAUAUUUAUCUUGAAUAUAUCUAAAAUUGUUUAAUGUUAAAUAUAAAUAAGACUAUUUGAGUAGAAAUGUGUACAGUGUUAAAUACAGCCAUUAGCAGUAUGCAAAAUAUCUGGUAAUUAUUUUAUUGAUAAUUACUGAAGAUUUGUCUUUUUCUUGUAUAGAAUAAAAGAAUCAUGCUAACAGCAAAACCUGGAGCGUAGAUUUUGCUCUGAGCCUGACCAGUAAUAAAAAACAUGUAUUUAAGAUA